AUGCUUCCCGCUCUGACUUCCGUACCUUCUCCUGCAGUGGCUGUCCUCGACGACAAUGCCGCUACAUGCACUAGUUAUGUUUGCAGCGUCUUGGUCCCUCUCCUCAUUCUCGGUGUGAUGUACUUCCUCGUCCCACUGUUAAGUGGCAUUAUAACGAGGUACGUUCGGGGUGGCAUCGCUACCGAGGCAUCACCUUUGGAUACUCGUACGCGCGUCGUUUGCCCGAUGGUGCCCAAAUCCAAACUGACAGCGUCGGAUCGAACCCAGCAUUCGGCGGCUUGUGCCCGAGCCAGCGCGGAUACAGUGGCCGAUGCGAACACGAUUGUCCAACCCGAAAUCCGAGCGGCGAACCUUGAUGUCGGAGCCACAAAUCUUGACUCUGCACCGCAUGACGUUCUGGAAAGGAAAACGAACUCUGCGAGUACGGGCGCGCUCCCUCAAGUUGAUACUGCCGUCGAGGAUCUUGUGACCGCGAGGACACUCUCUGACGAAACCUUGUCUAAUGCGAUUGCGGCCCCUCUUGAUCCUGCUACUGCUUGUGCUGCUGUUGCUCCAAUGGAUCUGGACGAUAAUUCGAAUGCGUUGAAUACUUUGGUCGACACAGAUAUACCCACCGCUGAUGAAAAUGAACUGGGCACUCCAGCUACCGCAGCGAACCCCUUGAUCAUCAUCUCAGAUUCCUCGGUUGCUAACCCCUUGGUCACCAUGUCUAACUCGCCCCCCUUGACCGAGCUCAGUGGUUUCUCUCUUUCAGUCGCUGUGGCGUCUACGAGAACUACCUCUGGAACGACGUCUCACACCGCACCCAACUGUGACACCAAGUCAUCGGACUGUGGCGACAUCCAAGAGAAGCUCGACGAUGCGAUCGCACGUGUGUGCGCUGUUCCAUCUGGCGAUACUGUCGACCACCUCAUCGCGCGCGUCUGUGGCGACCAGAAUGCUCCUGAUGCUCCCACGUCGGACCUCAAGCCUUCGAUCUCCUUGGGAAGGGUUGUCGACGUAACCAUCGCUGCGCACAUCGCAAGGGUAACCGCGGGGGUGCCCUCCUUCACGGCGCUCCCACCUGUUAAUAUUUCGCCUGUGCCAAUCCGCCCCGGCAUGCAUGCUCUUCUGCAGUCGCCACUCUCACAACACCGCCCGCCAGUGCACCCUGCGCCGGCACUCAACUCCAACAUGCGCAGUCUCUUGGUUUCUAUUCCCGCCCCGCCGCCAGCGCCGACGGAAACGCACCGCUCCAUGGAACAUCGUCACCCGAUGCCAUCAGCGUCCGUACCUUUGCCUACCUCUUUUGCCGCGCACGAGAGGCACGAGAGCGCCACUGGCGACUGUAUGCCGCCCCCCGCCUUUGCCCACUUGACUGCCCAAUAUGUGCGGGAUAGUGUUCUCUCUGCCCAUACGAAGCCCGAGGGCGCACAAGCCGUUCCCAUCCUCGCGGUACCCAGUGGCACAGCCGAAGUCGGUGUCAACCCUCCAGGAAUGAAGCGUGAGCAUGCGGAAGUGCUAGCUGCGUUGGUGCAGACGUGUGCGGAGCGUGGGGACGAGAACGUCGAGAGCGUGCGCCCGUGGUCGAAGGUAGUGGGGUACGAGCGGCAGAUGGCGAAGGGCGCGAGUAGGAUGUGA